AUGUCUGCUGGGCUGGGGGUCUCAUCAGGAGUUGUGUGCGUCCGUGUGACCCGGAGAGGCCUCACAGGAUCUCACACAGUGUUUCAGUGUGGCGGAGUAGGGAGAGAUAGAGCGUUGAGGGAAGCUUUUAAAAUAUAUAAUUACGAGCCGCUCAGAGAGAGCGAAGCCUCGCCUGUGACAAGGAGCGGGAGCGCGCUGACAGCAGUUGCCGCGGCUGCUGCCCCCCGGCUGGGGCUCUGCCCCCGUACCAAGGGAGGAGGGGUCCCGGGGACGGGCCGGCUCCCCACCGCGACCCCCAGGCCGGAACCCGCCGGGUCGUACCGCCGCCACCCGCGUGACCCUCCCCGCGUGCCGAGGCAGGUGGCAGCUCGGCGGCGGGAGGGCUGCGGGGCGGCCUUGCGGGGACGCGGCGGGGCCCGGCAGGGGCGGCGCGGCGCCGGCGACCUCGGACGAAAUCGGCGGCUGCGGAGCGGGGCCACGGCGGCGGCGCGACCCGGGGCCGCCGCGUUUGGGAGCCCCGGCGCCCGGGCGGUCCAGGCCCGGCCCGGCCCGGCCGGGCUCCGCCGGCGCUGCCCCCUCCCGUCUCCCCGCACGGGGAGCCGCGGCACGCCCGUCUGCGCCCUGCGCCCUCCCCCGGGGCGCUGGAUGGGGCGAGCGCAACUUCAGCCGCCGCGGCCGCUUUCAGCCCUCUCCUCCCCGCUCUCCCCCCGUCUGCGUCGCCUCCCCUUCUCGUGUGAGAAGCGCGAAGUUGCGUUGAGACGGUACCUCGGCUGGAGCGCGAGCCUAACGAGCCCAUUAAAUAUGAUCAACGUACCGUCUGCACGGAAUGAAACCUUUCCCAGUCCUGAUUGCUCCAAAGAGGAAUCACGUCCUACCUCCCACCUUCCCAACCUUCGUUCUCCCGGCGGACACACGCGUGUAAUUACUGGCGACUGUGCAAACGCAGCCCUCAGCAAAAGCAUGCCGAUCACCAGGUGAUCUGGAAAUAAAUGAUGGAUCGCUUUGCGGACGGGCGAGGGGAGAGGACGACUCGUUAGUGCUGAUGCUAAGCGAGGAGUAACGCUGCCUGAGAGCACUCUGCCGCGGUUUGCUUUCUUACUUAACUCUCUGCCUUCACUGAGGACCGCUCCGCUCGGGGGGGGGGGGGGGGGGGGGGGGGAAGAAGCAUAAACCCAAAGCCGGGCCUGCCGAGCGCGGGGUUCCCCUCCUCCAGGAAAGCAGAGCUUCGGGGCGCGAUCGUUAACUUCUGCGAUCAUCAUUGGGUUUCUUGGCAAGGAGGCUGAGCGGGCUUCUUUUUUCUUAACCUCCUGUGUUGUUUUUUGUUUGCUCAGAUGACAUUCCCUGCUCCGAUGCCCUCCCCCCCCCC